GAAAAACAUGUCCAUAAUUUUUGUCUCCGUUAUUGCCAUCACCACCAAUCAUCCCUCCCCAAUUCAACCCCUCUGACAAAAGAAGAAAGACACAAAAGAGCCCAUAUCAUAUGAGCUUCGAUCGUCAAGAAAAUAGGCAGAUUAUAAAGGAAAAGAAAUCACUGUCCCUCGAAUUUUGGAAUCAGCUGAAGAGGAUAGAUGCUGGAGCAAAUCAUAAAUUCAGGUUACUAUUACCUGAAUUUGGUGAGCAGCGAGUAUUCGACGCCGAUAUGGGCUGUUCUGACCGCCGGAUUUUCCGUCGUCGUCACUCUCACCCUUUCGGUUUACCUCCUUUUCGAGCAUCUGUCCAUGUACAAGAACCCCGAGGAGCAAAAGUUUUUGAUUGGAGUGAUAGUGAUGGUACCAUGUUAUGCUGUUGAAUCAUUUGUAUCGUUGGUAAAGCCAGCAAUUAGCGUCCAUAUUGGAAUCCUUCGUGAUUGCUAUGAAUCCUUUGCCAUGUAUUGCUUUGGGAGGUACCUAGUUGCUUGUUUAGGUGGAGAUGAGAGGACAAUUGAAUUUAUGGAGAGGGAAGGACGCACAAGUGUAAAAGCUCCCUUGCUCGAUCAUGGCUCUGAAAGGGGAAUUGUAAAGCAUCCGUUUCCAUUGAAUUUAUUCCUAAAGCCUUGGAAACUUGGUGGGUGGGUUUAUCAGGCCAUCAAGUUUGGAAUUGUUCAAUAUAUGAUUAUAAAAGCAUUCACUGCUAUUUCAGCAGUAAUUCUUGAAGCUUUUGAUGUAUAUUGUGAAGGAGACUUCAAAUGGAACUGUGGGUACCCAUACAUGGCUGUGAUUUUAAAUUUCAGUCAAUCCUGGGCAUUGUAUUGCUUAAUUCUUUUUUAUACCAUUACAAAAGACGAAUUAGCGCACAUCAAACCAUUGUACAAGUUCUUGACAUUCAAAUCAAUCGUGUUCUUAACUUGGUGGCAAGGUGUUGCUAUAGCUCUUCUUUAUGCUGUUGGUUUAUUUCAGAGUCCAAUAGCUCAGUCACUGCAGUUCAAGUCAAGCGUUCAGAACUUCAUUAUUUGUAUUGAGAUGGGCAUUGCUGCUGCAGUCCACCUUUAUGUUUUCCCGGCAAAACCUUACGAAUAUAUUGGAGAUCAUUUCUCGGGAAGUGUUGCGGUUCUUGGAGAUUACGCCUCGGUUGAUUGCCCUUUAGAUCCAGACGAGGUGAGGGACAGUGAACGUCCGACAAAAUUUCGUCUUCCACAACCGGACACCAAAGCUAGGAGUGGGACCGCCAUUCGAGAAAGCGUUCGGGAUGUUUUUCUUGGUGGGGGCGAAUACAUCGUGAACGACGUCAAGUUCACAGUGACCCAAGCAGUUGAGCCGGUCGAGAAGGGGCUCAACAAAUUCAACCAGAAACUGCACAAGAUCUCGGAGAACAUAAAGAGGCACGAGAAGGGGAGACGAACAAGAGAUGACAGCUGUAUCGCCACGUCAUCGUCCGCGAUGAAGGUCAUAAGGGGAAUAGACGAUCCACUUCUCAACGGGAGCACGAGCGAUAGCGCCAGCUCGAGGAGAAAGAAACACCACCGUCGAAAAUCGGGUUACACGAGCGAAAGUGGUAAUGAAAGCAGUAGCGAUUUGACUUACAGUGGGUAUAUGAUUCGAGGCCGAAGAUGGGUCGUCAAGGAUUAGUUAUCGAGGCAAAAAAAGGGCCGGUAAAAAAAGUCGAUUUUACUGCAGGUGAAAAAGAUGUUAGUACUGUGUUUGUGCAGUUGAUUGAUGGUUAGGAUUUUGAUGUGCUUUGGUCAUUUGGUGUGUAUGAUAGGAAAGGUGAGAUUGUGGUGAAGGCUUCUGUAGAUUUUCACUCAUUAGUAAUGAAUUUUGCUGAGGAUAAUAUAAUUAGUUUAUUUUGAAAUUGAUGUAUAGAAAGAUAAGAGAGAAAUUUUUCUCUGUCUGACUGAACUCAAUGUAAUUCUAUCAUUUGAAAUGCUUAAAUGUGAAAAUAAUUUGUCUGUCAAAUUUGUCCCAGAGAAAAGUAUGAAUGCAAUAUAAAUAGAUUUUUCAGUGGCUACAAGAAAUAUACACUAUUAGUUAAUCUCAUCAUUUUGGGAAGUUUUCACUCAGUCUAUAGACUCAAUGUAUUACAUGUUUGAUAAAUCAGACUAAGUGUUUGUUACAAACAUUUACUCUGAAGCUAUACCUACCUAACUAGAAACAAUUAAAUGAAUACAGAGCCAUUAUUUUUCUAAAGUAACAAAUACCCUAUUGAGUGUGAGUUUUAUACAACUGUAGUCUUUACCANCCUGUUUUU